AUGAAAACCGGACUUUACUCGGCUCAGUUUUCAACUUAUUCUCAGGGUCUUCCCGAAGUUAAACUGAGUGGUGAAGAGUUAAUGUCAAAGGUGCUUAAUAGAAGAUGGAUGUUGCACAUCCCGGAUACUGAAAUUCACCGAAUAAAGCUUUCUCCAUUGCAACAACUAAACAGAGAUGGACCAUCUGGUAACUUUUCCUUGUUGAACCAUACUAAACUAUGUUUUGGUGAUGACUUGGUGGAGAAAGGCAAUGAGGAUCCUUUCUUCUAUGUUGUAAGGGAUGAUUUGUUGCAUCCGUUGGUAAAUGGUAAUAAAGCGAGAAAACUGGAUGCGUUGCUUCCCCUCCUUGCAGAUCAUUCUGUGACUGAUGUGGUUACAUGUGGAGGCUGUCAAAGUGCACAUGCAGCAGCUGUUGCUGUUUCAUGUGCAGAGAGAGGGAUAAAAUCCCAUUUGCUUCUGAGAGGAGAGCAGCCUGAAGUUCUGACUGGCUAUAACCUAAUUUCAACAUUAUAUGGAGAUAUCACAUAUGCUCCUAGAUCUAUUUAUGCCCAUCGGGUGAAUAUGUUGAAGAACCAUGCUGAUUUGGUGGCAGGCAACACUGGUCAUAUUUUAUGGUGUAAUGACAUACUUGAGGCUUCUUUAUCAGCCCAAUCUAGUACUUCAAGCUCUGGGCACGUAGAUGCUCUUGGAACCACAAAGAACCAUCACAAAAAGGUUGCAAUCAUCAAUGAAGGAGCAGGUGAUGUUGCAGCAUUACUAGGUGUCACUCGCCUACUGCAGUAUUUGUGCCAGAAUCAUUUAUUUGGAAAAGAGAGACCGAUAAAGUUGGUUCUAGAUGCUGGCACUGGAACGACAGCCAUCGGUUUGGGAAUUGGAGCCCUAUGUUUAGGGCUUCCAUGGGAGGUAACUGCGGUCAUGUUGGCUGAUACAAUCAAUUCAUACAAAAAACAAGAGAAAAAAUUAAUUUCUGAUUUCAGGACACUAUUUGGUUUUCAUCUUACUGACCACUGCUUAAAUGAAGUAGAUGGAGUUGUUCACUGGAUAGGGCGCUGCCAUCAGAGAAAAUUUGGCAAUAUUUUGGAAGGAGAAAUAGAGACAUGCCAACGAAUUGCACAGCAGACUGGUAUUCUAGUGGAUCCUGUGUAUACUUUGGCUGCUUGGGAAAUGGCGACGCAGCUUAGCAAGGAAGAAAUGGAAGGGGGUGCCCAAGUGGUGAUGCUGCACACAGGGGGCACUCUAGGCAUGUUUGGUUUAGCACAGAGGUACAAACCUUACUUCCGUAAGCUCAAAGAUGGAUUAUCCUAA